AUGGCCAGCAGUGGGGACGUCGCCAUGAUGCCGACAGGGCUGAAAGGCAAGUUGGCUUCCCUCGAGGAUUUCAUAUCUAUGCAGAACGAGGAGCUGGCUGCACAAAGGCAGGAGAUCGAGAGCCUUCGAAAUGACAAGACGGGCAUAGAAGACCACUACCAGGCUCAGCUACAGGAGCUAAAGAAGACCAUGGUUGGCGAUGUUCAGCGGUUGCAAGAUGAGGUCAAGCGACACUUCGCUCAACAGAAGGCAGAGAAUGCUCGCCUACAGCAGCAAAUCACGACAUUGAAGGGCGAGAAGACAUCGCUUCAACAGCAGAUUCUGGGUUUGCAGCGCCGCAUACAAGAAAUCGAGGAGCAGGUGGGCUGCGACUGA